ACCUGGGAGAACUUACUAUCAAUGAGAUAAGAUUGUUUCACGGAACACAUAGUGAUGUCAUUGAAGCCAUAUGUAAGGAAGGUUUUGAUUGGAGGUUGUGUGGAAAACAUGGCACAGUUUACGGACAAGGUACAUAUUUUGCCAAGAGUCCAUGGUUAUCCCAUCAAUAUUCAUCAGGGAAUUCAUCCAGGCGAGGCAGACCUAAUAUAGGAGGGUCAGGAUUUCCUUUUGGUAUGUCUACAAUACCACCCCCGCAAUAUAAACCCCCUCUAAGAUUUGGAGGUUCAGCAACUGGUACUUCACAGUCAGGUUUUACAUUUGGAGGAAAUCCUGUCACAGCAGCGAGCACUGGUUUCACUUUCGGACAAAGCAAGUCAGUUCCAAAGGAUAUCGCGGGAUUUGGAUCCGCGGAUUCAGCUUACCAGCUGGGUUUACAACUAGGAGCUUCGCAUACGGGAAACUCGGGCUUCUCAUUUGGACCUGCAUCAACAUGGACUCCUGUUACUUCUGUAACACUCCCAGCCACAGUUUCUAGUAAACACCUUUUCAAAUUUAGUUCACCGAAGACUGUAUCAAACUCUGGGUGUAAGUGUAAUACUGGAGCAAGCGGAGUCACUUGUCCUGCAGGCGGCAAUGGCUGCACAAACUCUUUGCCUCAUCCCAAUUUGCAUUGCAAUCAGCAACAGAAUUUUAACAUGCCUUCUAACACUUCCACUGAUCCUUCAGCCUUAAAGAAAUCAUGUUCUAACUGUAUUUUCUGCACACCAAAAAGAAAAGCAACUGAUCCUGUCUCUACAACAGCAUCAUCAUCAGCACAAACAGUUUCAGUUCCCAGUUCUAUUGCUGCUUCAAAUGUAGCUAAACUUCACAAAGUGAAUAAAGAUCUUCUCAAAUUCGCACAGGGUAAUUCAGGGGCUAAUUUAUUUGUAAAAGUGAUUCCUCCAAACUCUAUUAGUACUACAAAUAAUGGAAACAGUGGAAGUGGUUUUCCAUUUUUAUCAAGUAGUGGAAACAGUGGAAGUGGUUUCUCGUUUGGACAAAAUAGCGUAAGCAGUGGAAGUGGGUUUAUGUUUGGACCGAGUAGUGGAAACAGUGGAAGUGGUUUCUCUGGAGGAAGUUGUUUUAACACUUCUGGUCAUGGAGGCACAACAUUUGGAAAUAUUAGAAGAUCUGGGUUGAAUAUAGAUGACUCUAGUGACACUGAUUGUUUCAUGUUCCUUGCACGUGUGUUAGUAGGACGCUCGUGCGUAGGAACGCACAAGAUGCGAAGGCCUGAAAAAGGUUUUGGCGGAAGAGAAACGCAUUCAGCGGUUGAUAAUCCAGAUAAACCUAAAAUCUUUGUUAUAUUUGACAAUAACCAAUGUUAUCCUGAAUACAUCAUUCAGUACUCCACUUCAUCAUCGGGAUAGUAGACAAAUUGUUUUCUGUAGACUGAUAUAUAUCAGUGUUCCAUACCAUGUAAUUAAGGUAGUAAACUCUAUGCUGUUCAUACUAUGUAAAUAAGAUUUGUAAACUGAUAUAUAUAUCAGUAUGCCAAAUAAUGUAAUUCAGGUAAAAAAAAAUAAAAGCAAGCUGAUAUAUAUCAGUGUUUCAUACCAUGUUAGUUAGGUAGUAAACUUACAUAUAUCCAUGCGUCUUACUAUGUUAAUAAGAAAGUAGACUGAUAUAUAUCAGUGUGCCACAACCCAUGUUAAAAAAGUGGUAGGCUGAUAUACUGUAGAUAUGGUAAAGCUUCUUUUGACAAGUUUCACCAGUUUAUUCAAAUCUCAAAAAUAUAUGAGCCGUGUCAUGACAAAACCAACAUAAUGCGGUUGCGACCAGCAUGGAUCCAGACCAGCUUGCGCAUCCGUGCAGUCUGAUCUG